UUUUCAUAGGACAAUUCUCUAUAAGUUAAUUUACUGUGUUGCGGGCUGUUUUUGACCGGCAUUCCCGGAAUGUCUUUUUUGGUGUUUUUCUUGGUCAUUGGUGCCAUUCAUGGAGUAUUAAUGUUCUUUGAUGCAUUCUUUAAGAGCUGUAUGCAUCAUCCCUAUCGGUUGUUCCUGGAUGGAACUGGAUUCACAGUGAAAUUCUUGAGAUUGGAAUGGUAUACUACAGCUCUCAAUCGAACCCUGGUAAAAUGGUGUACUUCAUCCCCGCGACUACUUACGAGAUCAUUCGAUUUGGGCGUGUACAGUGCUCUUAUUCUUCUGCCAGUCUCACUGGGAGUGCUUUUGUGGAGCUUCUUCAAAUCCUGGUCGGGUUCUGAGGGGUCUACGGGGGGAGGAUUGGAAGUGGAGAUAUUGGUUCCUGGUGUAACACUGCCCCUGGAUGAGAUUCACUACUACAUUGGGACACUAUUGAUUAGUUCAAUUGUUCAUGAGUUAGGACAUGCUGUUGCAGCUGUUUUGGAGGAUGUUCCUCUCUUGGGAUUUGGUGUGAGAGUUUACUACUUUCUUCCUGUGGCUUUGACAGAAUUGAGUACUGAUCAGUUGGCCAGCCUGAAAGCCUGGAAGAAGCUUAGGGUUUUGUGUGCUGGUAUUUGGAAUAAUCUAGCACUGGGAUUAGUGGCUUUUCUGCUGCUCCAGGGCUCAAAGCCUAUGCUGGGUUGGCUGUAUCAUAUCGAUAGAGGUGUUUAUGUGACGGAUAUUGAGAAGAGAUCACCCCUUUUGGGGACAAAAGGUCUAAAUGUUGGAGAUUUAGUCAACAAAAUUAACUCCUGCAACGUUAGGGAUGUCGAUUCCUGGCACGAUUGCCUCCUUCAAGCAUUGAGACGACAGCCGGCUUUCUGUCUUUCGUCAGAAUUCAUUCACAGGAAUGAUGAAUCAACUCCGGUUGGGACAGUGGAUGGUAUCACGCAAUGCUGUGAUCCUGAAAAUCCGGCAAAUGGAUGCUUUGAGUACUUCGGGGAGAGUGAUAUUCUGGAAAUUCCUCAGCAUGUAUGUCUCCCUAUUAGACUGACCGUUGAAAAUGCCUACAGGUACUGCGAGAAGGAUUCAAAAUGCAACGAUAGAGGACGUGAGGGAUAUUGUUUGAAGCCACUUCUGGCCAAUUCAACGACAAUCCUCGAAAUUAGCCGUCGUGGAAGGAAUGUACUGUACCUGGGUCAUCCGGGAGAUGUCUAUCGUACCGUCAAGGUGUCCAACUAUAUUCCAAAAUUGCGAUAUAUUGCUCCUGCCUUUGGUGAUUCAGUCACCCUUUUCCUGCGCUACUUGAUUGUCUUUUCUUUGGGACUGGUCCUGAUCAAUGUGAUCCCAUGCUAUGGAUUCGAUGGUCAGCACAUUGUCAGUGUGAUACUGGGGCAUCAAUUGGCACAGUUUGGAGUGAAAAGUCAAACAAGAGAUAUAGUCAUUUUGUUAAUAACAUCCCUAUGUACAUUUCUACAGAUUGGUCUCCUAGUGAGAUUUCUCUGGCAUACACUGUUGUAAAUAAAAGGAAAAUACAGAGUCA